UCAUUUUAAGAUGGCCGACGUUCUGUGAGAACCCUGUUCCGUUUUUUGUUUCCCCUCUGGCCCCGCCGCCGUCAGUGUAGUGUAUCGUUCGCCGCAAGAGAAAAACUGAUAUUGUGCAGCAAUUUGCUGUUUUUAUUACUUUUUUCCCUUCCAACAAGGGCAUCAGUGAAAUAAUCCUCUUUCAUCGUCCACGAUGUCCGUCGACAAGGAGGAACUGGUGCAGCGCGCCAAGCUCGCGGAGCAGGCCGAACGAUAUGACGACAUGGCGGCCGCGAUGAAGGAGGUGACGGAGACCGGCGUCGAGCUCAGCAACGAGGAGAGGAACCUGCUCUCUGUCGCCUACAAGAACGUCGUGGGUGCCCGACGGUCCUCAUGGCGCGUCAUCUCCUCCAUUGAACAGAAAACCGAGGGAUCGGAAAGAAAACAACAGAUGGCUAAAGAAUAUAGGGUUAAAGUAGAAAAGGAGCUCAGAGAAAUUUGCUACGACGUAUUGGGUUUACUUGACAAGCACCUUAUUCCUAAAGCUAGUAAUCCAGAAAGUAAAGUAUUUUACCUUAAAAUGAAGGGAGAUUACUACAGGUACCUCGCAGAAGUGGCCACAGGAGAAACCAGAAAUUCUGUCGUGGAAGACUCGCAGAAGGCCUACCAGGAGGCGUUCGACAUUGCGAAAGCCAAAAUGCAACCGACCCAUCCCAUCCGGCUCGGUCUCGCGCUCAACUUUUCCGUCUUUUAUUACGAGAUUAUCAACUCCCCUGCGCGAGCGUGCCACUUAGCUAAACAGGCGUUCGAUGACGCGAUCGCGGAACUGGACACACUGAACGAAGACUCGUACAAGGACUCGACGCUGAUCAUGCAGCUGCUGCGAGACAACCUGACGCUGUGGACGUCGGACACGCAGGGCGACGGCGACGAGCCCGCCGAGGGCGGCGACAACUAAUGUGUCCUCCCCCACAUCCAAUGUUCUCAUCGGUGUUUUAUAAGAAAACGAGUAACAUUCGAGAACGCCGCGCGGGCCGGACUCCCCGUCCCGUCGCGAGCCGUCGCUUGUAAAAAAAUGUUAAAUGUCGUUCGCAGCGGACCUUCACGUUCCGUCUAAAUGUUAUGUGUCAUCUUUGACGGUUUUGUAUUUCUGUAUUUACACUGGAUUACAGAUAUCGAGCUGACCUGAUGAAUAUAAAUAUUUAUAACUUAAGUUAUUAAAAUUACGGUUUCUUAAGUUAAAAGUGUUUUCCUUUCAUAUUAUUAAAACUUGCAGCCUGGUCGGCCCCCAAUGAAACAUUCCUUUCGCCGCAUGUCCGCAGUGAAAUGGAGUAUGAUGGUGAAUGUUAUAAAGAAUAAUAGUGAUUACAUUUGUUAAAGUGCGCCCAGUGACCCGUUGAAGUUAGAUUCAUAUCGACCCGCUAACUGUAAUGGCUGUAUCGAAUAAGGGCACAAAAAAGUUGUUAGUGUCUUAUGUGGUUUUGUGAUGUCCUCUAUAAAGUUUUAAUUAUUACCAAAGGGAAACUAAUAGUUGUUGACAUUAACCAUUUUGUUGUGCCCGUCACUGAUUAAUAAUUAGCAUUCUGAAUUUUUCAGGCAUUUAUUAGCAAAAUAGUCUUGUGAUGGACAUAUAAUUGUAACAUUUCUGCUGCAUUUUAUCAGCCAUUAAUCUAUUAUAUUUUUCAUGUUUUCACCAAUAAACUUUUGUAUUAAAUACA